AGGUCGGGAGGGGAGGGACCGGGGGGGGGGGGGGGGGGGGGGGAGAUGAUCUCGAAAUCUGCAGAAAGUCCCCAGAGGGAAAGGAAGGGAAAACCGGGGUGAUCGAGCCAGAAAAUAAAAGGGGUUCCAGGCAGAGUCGUGGAGAGGUGGUAGAAUCUGGUAACGGAUUAUCCCAAUGUAAGGAGACAUCCAAGAGGGCGGCCCGGCCCGCACUGGGUUGGACCUAGCAGAGCAGGUGCAGGGGAGGGGGGAGGGGGAGGGGCGGGCGCGGGGCCGCCGACAGCAGCGGCCUCCCCUUUAAGAGCCGCCGCCGCCACCGCUGCCGCCCGCAGGCCCCGCGGUUGCUGCAGGAACCUCCCCUUUAACGGCUGUCGCUGCCCAGCUCGCCCGCUCGGGCUUCUCCAUCCUCCAGUCCCGGGGCCCCGGCCCACGGAUCCAGGCGCUCUUGGGGAGCACACCUGGCCCGGCCCCGCCAUGGUGUCCUGGAUCAUUUCUCGCCUGGUGGUGCUGAUCUUUGGCACACUCUACCCAGCUUACUCAUCCUAUAAGGCGGUCAAGACAAAAAAUGUGAAGGAAUAUGUGAAAUGGAUGAUGUAUUGGAUAGUAUUUGCCUUCUUCACCACUGCUGAGACCCUCACCGAUAUUGUGCUGUCCUGGUUCCCUUUCUACUUUGAGCUGAAAAUUGCCUUUGUGAUCUGGUUGCUGUCUCCAUAUACCAAGGGCUCCAGUGUGCUCUAUCGGAAGUUUGUGCAUCCCACACUCUCCAACAAGGAGAAGGAAAUUGAUGAAUACAUCACCCAGGCCCGGGACAAGAGCUACGAGACCAUGAUGAGGGUGGGCAAAAGGGGCUUGAACCUGGCGGCCAAUGCUGCAGUCACUGCAGCCACCAAGGGCCAGGGAGUGUUGUCAGAAAAGCUGAGAAGCUUCAGCAUGCAAGACCUGACGCUGAUCCGAGAUGACGAAGCCUUGCCCCUGCAUGGCCCUGAUGCCCGCCUCCGAUCCUCAGCCAGUGGCCUCCUGGAUCCCAUUGAAGACUUGGAUGACGCUGGCCUGAGCCUCCGGUCCUCAAGUGGGAGCCAGUCAGACACACGAACAGAGGCCUCUGAAGAUGACUUGGGGGACAAGACUGCUAAGCGGGUCAAAUCAAUCAAGAAAGUGCCAAAAACUGAGCCAGUCCUCAAGACACUGAAGACCCGCCCCAAGAAGAAGCCUACAAGUGGGGGGGAGACAGCCUGAUGUGAGCCUCCGUCCUGCCACCUCUGCACAGAGACCCUAGAACAGAACAGCCGCUGCUUCCUAGAUUGAGGGGGCCCCAGGGUGAGGGCAACUCCGGGGGUCUGUGUCCUCAGGCAUGCCCUCAUGGGAGCCACCCCUGCCCCUGCCCCUGCCCCUGCCCCUGCCCCUUUCUCUCCCUGAGCAAGUGAGAGGACCUCGAUGUGAGAUGCUGCCUGUGGGAGGCGUCUGACCAGGGCUGGUGGGCAGGUCUGGGACUUAUUUAUAGUAAGAUGACUGGAGGCAGGCUUUUUCUUACUUUGGACCACUGGUUUGGGAACACUUGGGCCAAGACUGGGGAAGGGAGGGAAUGGAGGGGGUUGUUCCGCUGCCCCCUUAGAAUGACAGCAUUUGGGGCCUUUUGGGUUGGAGGCUUGACAGUUGAAGGACGUGUGCGUCUGUGUGUGUGUCUGUCUGUCUCUAGGACAAAGCCACAUCAGGGAAUCCAUUAGAGCAUCUCUCCUUUGUCUCUGUCCUUCUAGCCUUCCUUCUUGAGCGACCCCACCACCACCACCACCACCACCACCACCACCACCACCACCACCACCACCACUUCAACCCACUUAGUGCCUUGCUGGAUGCCAUGGCAUGCUAUGGGGGGAGGGGCUGAGGGCCUUACCUCACAGAUCCUGCCCCUCCUCCCCAUCCCUGUUUUUAUUAGACUUGGCUGCCCCUUGUCCUCGGGUUGAUGGAGACUGGCAGAAAUACGGGAUGGUGGGCCCCUAGAAAACUUCUCCUCCUCCACUGAAAGUGGAGAGAGUAAGGACACUUGGACAUAAAGCCUCUAGAGUGAAAGGGAUGAAGAGAAGGAGCAAUUUCCCACUGAAAGCCCUCACUAAUAGUAGCCCAUGGGGUUUGUUUUGUGGUGUUUUGGGGGGGAUGAGGGAGAUCUGGGCCUCCCUGAAUCAACCCUUUGCUUUGCUCUCCUCCCAGAGGCCAUUUCCUUGAAUAAUCCCUCUUUUCCUCCCCUUUUCCUUCUCAACUCUCCCCCUCCCCAGUUUCUAUUCAUCUAGUUCCUUGGAUGGGGGGUGGGGGAGAAGAAUCCCUUGGGACAUUUGGAGAAGCCCAAUAACAGAGACUGACUUGGGCAUGGGGUGGGAGGGUGGAAGAUCCAUGAGUGAAUAGAGGGCCUGAGCAAUUGUGUGUGUGUGUGUGAUGGCUUUAAGUGGGAAUCCUUGCAUGGGGCAGGACAAAGACAGUAUGUGUUUUUGCCAGGACACAUGCAUGUCCCAGUUAUGUGCUCUCGUCCUGAGCUGGGAAGAGGAAGAAGGCACUUGGAUUGUGUAUUUACACACACGCACAUGCUGCUCUUUGGGUCUGGGACUUUUAUCUCUGGGUCUCUCGGGUUCAACCAUUGUCUUCCCAUUGUCUUCGUAUCUGUGGGCAGGAAUCCCCAUGUUUUUUCCUACCCCCUUCCGCUUCAUCCCAGUGGUGGGGUCAGCCAUAGAGUUGGUGCUCCCCCAAAGUCCAGGAAUUCUUAUUCUAGUUGCCAUGGGUUCAUCCCCAAACCUACCCCGACACCCCACCACAGCCCCAGCUCCUAUUUGCCCAUAGGGGAAUUAUGAGGUUGGCAUGAGAAGGGCAGGAGGCCUUCCCAAGUUCUGACCACUGUGCUGACUUCCCCUCUCAUCUCUGCAAGCUCAUUCCUACUAGAGUUCUAUUGGGAAGGAGAGAACAGGGAGCUGAGACUCCUAGGGGACCCUUAUCCAUAGAAGGAGCUGGUAAUGGGAGCAAGGCGUGGAUUUGUGGAGCCUCUCCCUUCCUUCCCUGCCCUAAAUUUAACUUUUAGCUCUUGCCUAUCCUUUUCCCCAGAAGAGUUUAUACUGAACUGACCCCAGGCCAGGAGGAUUUUAAAAAUUCUAUCCUAGGUCUCCCAGAGGUAGAGUCAGUUGGGGAGCAUGUGUGUAUAUAUAAAUAUAUGUGUAUGUAUGUAUGUAUGUGUGUGCAUGUGGUGUGUGUGUUCAUGCAUCCAGGGAACUGAAGGAAGGAAAGGCUUGUGGAGGGAGAGCUUGGACCCUUGGCCAUGGGAUGAACCAAUAAACUAAAAUUGGGCA